CAGCUAUGACUUCACCGCUUUGUAAGAGAUCGAGUACUCAGCAUAUGUCGUACCUGACUGUUGAUCCAGGCCUUCUGGUUGGGGAACUUUCUGACUUGUGUGGUGGGCACAAUAUUGUCAACACAGAUGCUGAUGUACCCAGUCACAUACUCAGGUUGAAACACAUCCCAGUCUGUUUGGGCAGAGCAGUCCUGUAGGAUGCACUCAGUCUCUGGGGUUCACAGUUUAACAGGUUUGGUGGCAGGGUUGGAUUGUUUCAGUUUCUGCCUGUAAGCCAGGUACAUGAACAAAGAGAUGUGGUCACACUGUCCAAAGUGGGGGUGUGGUGCAGCCCUAUAUGCGUCAUGUAUGUUGCUGUAGACAUGAUCCAGGGUGUUCUUGUCACGGGUAGGAAUGGCCACGUGUUGGUGGUAUUUUGGAACUACAGCGCGUAAGUUGCGUUUAUUAAAGUCACCAGCAACAAUAAAAACAGAAUCUAAAUGAGUAGUCUCUAAUGCACUGAUGACGUCAUAGAGUUUACGAAGUGCUGCUGCGGCGUCAGCUCGCGGCUGGAUGUAAACAAUGGCCAAAAACAGAGCUGAGAACUCCCGCGGCACUCCUAUGAAAAUAGGAGCUCAGCAUUCUCUAAUUUCCCGCUGUGUUGUGAUCCUGGCUCGUUGUUUUCCAGAGACCUCACAUUGGCUAACAAAAUGCUGGGUAGCGGUGGUUGGCUAGCUCGAGCUUUUAGCAUAGCAUGAAGCUUACGUCAGCUUACGAUAGCUUACGUCACCAUCUCCGAAGCGCUACCGGUUACCGGGGCAAACAAUGACUUGAAGCUCCGGUGGGAGGGUAAAGUCCAGAGGAUUGUAUGAGUUACUGAUGUCAAGUUUUGCCUGUCUCGGGUAUGUUAACAGUGCACAGCACUUAUCCAGUGCAAAGAGAACAAAAAGUAAACAACAACAAACAAGUAGGCAUCUGAGAGCGGAGCAAGCAAGCACGUCUGCCCCGAGGGGUGCCAUGAUACAUUUAAGGAAAAGGAGUUGAAGAUUCAGCGCCCAUAAAAGAAGGAUCUCUCAGCUACUGUUUAGUACAAUGCAAUCCAGAACCAAACAGGACCAAGAGAGCUCACGACACGAUCCAAGAUACAAGCUGGAGAAGACCACCCCUGUUGUUUUCUUAUUCAGGCAAUUUCCAAAGACAGACAAGGAGUCACUAUGUCGCUGUCCGUGUGGCUUCUUCUGCUAUUGGUCUGCAGCACACAGGCUUCUGACUUCUUCAACGUACAACAAGCUUAUUUUUAUGGCACUGGGACCUACUACACAAAAGUCACUGAAAUAAAUGGAUCUGUCCUGCUGAGGGCUCGCUAUGUGCUGAACAGCCACAACUGCUAUGCUACUUACUCAUAUGGUUGCCAAAAUAGCAGUUGUGGGUAUGAGCUCUAUCAGUUCAACAAGGUCGAUAAGGAGAGCAGUGGAGAGUGGUGUCAGAUGGAGUACAUCUAUAUUCUGCCGACUUUCAGCAAUGUGUACACAAUAGCGUACUCUGGUGGUGACUGGAUAAAUGGUAUAAAAAAACAAUAUCACAUCAUGGAGAACUGAAGCAUGGCUUGAACUGAGAAAACGUUCCGACACAGGCAAAGCAAACUCGUCACCCCAGACCACCAUCAUCCCAGUUAUUAGAGUUCCUUCAAACUGUCAGACAAAUGUCAGCUUGUUGAUGUUUGACCCUGAUGGGGAUGAGGUUAAAUGCCGAUACGGAAACACACCAUCAGAGUGUAACCCUUGUGAUCCACCGUCUGUCCUCAGCCUCUCAUCAUCCUCUUGUACUCUGUCAUUCAGCCCCACCAGCAGCAGUAAUGAAGGUCCGUAUGCAGUACAGGUGAUGAUGGAAGACUUUCCCAUGAAGAACAUCACACUGACUCAAACCAACGGGUCACAGACUAUAAUAACUACCAAGGAUGCCAUUGGCAAAAUACCAGUCCGGUUUGUUUUGCUAGUUGAUUCUGCAGUGCCAUCCUGCACAGAAGGAGACUUUCUGCCCAACUUCCUGCCUCCAACCCCAGCCCACAGAGCUCAGCUCUACACUAAUGUCAGUCAAACUCUGGAAAUCAGCAUCAGUGCAGAAGCAAAAAACUCUACGAUCUCUGAGCUACUGUUCAGUGGGCCGUACAAUGUAAUCCAGAAUCAAACAGGACCAGGAGAAUUCACCCUGAUGUGGACACCAUCCAAGAUACAAGCUGGAGAAGACCACCCCUGUUGUUUUGUUAUUCAGGCAAUUUCCAAUGGAACCAAGUAUCACUCUGAGCUUCGAUGCAUAGUUGUGAGUGUUGAUAUCAAAUUAUCAACACCAACACCAACACCUACUCCAGCCAACACACCAGUUUAUGUUGCAGGUCUGAGCAUGAAGCUUUCCUCUUUGGUGGGCUUGUCUCAGAUUGAUAAGGACACCCUCCUAAAUCAGAUUAAAGCAGCACUCGUGAAAAAUGGACUCCCACAGGAUGUCAUUCUACAGCUGAGAAGCAGUGACCCGCAGAUUGGUGCAACUGCAGCGCCCUCUAGUGGUGCAACAUAAACAACUCAGUGACUAGUGUGUGAUGUCUGCUGAGGGUUAAUAAUAUACUUCUGAUAUGACUUCUCCGCAUGAGCAAGUUUUGAAUUUGAAAAAAAUCAGUUGAUCAAUUGAUGAUGCCAGAUGUUGGUUGUUGUACUGACAGAGGUGUUUCUUUUAGAUUUAGUAUUAUUGUGUUAGCAAAUGGUGUUCUGGGCACAUUUCCAAUUUAGGUAGGACUUUAGGAAAACAUUUCCAUAUUAAGAUAAAGAGACAGUAUUGUCCAUAAAUGUAAUUUACUAUGAUGUGGCUAUGAAAAGUGUGAAUAAUAUAUUUGUGGAGUAGCAGUCACUGUCCUUUAUCUCUCUGGGGUAUUCAUGUGUAUCUAGGAAAUUUAACGCUACUUAAAGGUUCUGGGAGGGACCAAGGAGGAAGUUUGGUGCUUGGAUAUUUUUUUUUAGCUGUUAUUGGGGAUUUUUAACAUUAAAUUGUUUUAAUUCAGAUAUAAGGUUUGUGUAUACCUUGGCUGAUUGUUUUAAUCAUAAAAUAUGAUAUAAAAUGGUUUCAUGGC